UUGAUCAUACUGCAGCCCAAAUUGUAUAUUGGAAGGGGCAUGCAUGAGAACAUGUUAUCACUACUGAAGUAUACUCUGUUUUGGAUCAUGCUGCUGAUUAGCAAGCUAGCAUUCAGCUACUAUGUGGAGGUGCUAUCCCUUGUUGAGCCAACAAAGUUAAUCAUGGGGAUGCCAAUUGAUAACUACCAGUGGCACGAAUUCUUUCCAGACAAUGAAACUCACAAUUUGUGUAUUGUCAUUGCAAUAUGGGCUCCCAUUAUCCUGGUAUAUUUUAUGGAUACUCAAAUAUGGUAUUCCAUUUAUUCAACUAUAUUUGGUGGGAUUAUUGGAGCCUUCAGCCAUUUGGGUGAGAUAAGGACACUUGGGAUGCUGCGCUCCAGAUUUGAAGCUGUACCACAUGCUUUUAGUCAUUGCUUUUUGACUGAAAGAAACAAAGACAUUGAAACAGAGGACAUUGUACUACAUUUAUGUUUGACAUUUCAUAAAUUCUUGCUGGUUUUGAUUGAAUACCUAAAAUGUCCAUUUUUGUUGUGGCUAAAGCAAACAAUCUGUUUGGCAGGACCAAAUGAACGCAGAAAUAUCGCAUACUUCUCUCAGGUUUGGAAUGAGUUCAUUAAUACUAUGAGAGAGGAAGACCUCAUCAGCAAUAGAGAUAGGGAUCUUCUGCUUGUUCCCUACCGUUCAAGUGAUAUUUCUGUCAUUCAGUGGCCUCCUUUCUUGCUUGCUAGUAAGAUUCCUAUAGCAGUAGACAUGGCAAAAGAUUUUAAGGGGAAGGAGGAUGAGGAUUUGUUCAGGAAAAUUAGGAAUGAUGAGUACAUGUAUUCAGCAGUUGUUGAAUGUUAUGAGACGCUCAGGGAAAUCAUACAAAACCUUCUGUUGGAUGAGGAAGACAGGAUGGUGGUAAAGCAAAUUUGCGAUGGAGUAGAACUGAGCAUACAGGAGGGCACAUUUGUCAAGGAUUUCAAAAUGAGUGGCUUACCUUCGCUUAGUGAGAAGUUGGAUAAAUUUUUAACUCUAUUAACAUCUGAUGAUGACAAAAUUGAGGGAUUGAAGCCACAGAUAGUCAAUGUCCUGCAGGAUAUUGUAGAAAUCAUGAUACAGGAUGUUAUGAUUGAUGGGCACGUAAUCCUGGAGGCGCCUCCUCAGCAUAUGGUAGAUGAUGAAAAGAAAGGACAGAGAUUUGUUAACAUUGACACAUAUCUUACAAGGGACAAAUCAGGGAAGGAGAAGGUUACUAGGCUGCAUUUGCUUUUGACAGUCAAGGAAUCUGCCAUAAAUAUACCACAAAAUCUAGAAGCUCGCCGGCGUAUUACAUUCUUUGCAAACUCCUUAUUUAUGAAUAUGCCAAAGGCUCCCAUAGUACGGGACAUGCUAUCCUUCAGUGUUCUGACUCCGUAUUACAAAGAAGAUGUUCUUUAUUCUGAUGAGGAGCUAAACAAGGAAAAUGAAGACGGAAUAUCAGUUUUGUUCUACCUAAAGAUGAUAUAUCCUGAUGAAUGGACCAAUUUCAGGGACCGCCUUAAAGAACUACAAGGUAAAUAUGAUGAUAUCGAUGAGCAGGAGUGUAUUCGUCAGUGGGCAUCAUACAGAGGACAGACUCUCUAUCGAACAGUGAGAGGAAUGUUGUACUACAGGAAAGCUCUGGACCUUCAAUGCUUCCUGGAAUACGCAGGAGACAAAGCUAUCUUUGAUGGCUACCAAACCUUGGAUAUGAGUGAAAACGAUAAGAAGGUCCAUUUAGACCGUGCACAAGCUCUGGCAGAUUUAAAGUUCACCUAUGUUGUUUCUUGUCAAAUCUAUGGUUCUCAGAAAAAAUCCCAGAAUGUUCGAGACAGAAGCUGCUAUACUAAUAUUCUCAACCUGAUGUUAACGAAUCCAGCUCUUCGUGUUGCUUAUGUAGAUGAGAAGGAGGAAACUGUUGGAGGAAAAAGUCAGAAAGUUUAUUACUCUGUUCUUGUCAAGGGAGGUGACAAGUAUGAUGAGGAAAUAUAUCGCAUCAAGCUUCCGGGUUCUCCGACAGAAAUUGGUGAAGGGAAGCCUGAAAACCAGAACCAUGCCAUUAUAUUUACUCGUGGAGAAGCUCUGCAGGCCAUAGACAUGAACCAGGAUAAUUACUAUGAAGAAGCUUUUAAAAUGAGAAAUGUACUGGAGGAAUUCCAUAAAAGUCACAGUGGGCACCGAAGACCUACCAUAUUGGGUCUGAGGGAGCAUAUCUUUACUGGAAGUGUUUCAUCACUUGCUUGGUUCAUGUCAAACCAGGAGACCAGCUUUGUGACCAUUGGCCAGCGAAUUUUAGCAAAUCCUCUAAGGGUGAGAUUCCACUACGGUCAUCCAGAUAUAUUUGACAGAAUCUUCCACAUAACAAGAGGUGGCAUAAGCAAAGCUUCAAGAGUAAUAAACUUGAGCGAGGACGUUUUUGCAGGAUACAAUUCAACUCUACGUAAUGGAUUUAUCACACACCAUGAGUACAUCCAAGUUGGUAAAGGGCGUGAUGUGGGCAUGAAUCAGAUCUCACUAUUUGAGGCUAAGGUGGCCAAUGGGAAUGGAGAACAAACACUUAGCCGUGAUGUAUAUCGACUUGGAAGACGAUUUGAUUUCUUCAGGAUGUUGUCAUUCUACUUCACAACAGUUGGUUUCUAUUUCAGUAGCAUGGUAACUGUGUUGACUGUAUACGUGUUCUUAUAUGGACGUUUAUAUAUGGUUUUGAGUGGGGUUGAGAGAGAAAUUCUUCAAAGUCCAAACAUAGAACAGAGUAAAGCCCUUGAAGAGGCCUUGGCGACACAGUCAUUAGUUCAGUUGGGCAUACUGUUGGUGCUGCCCAUGGUUAUGGAAAUUGGCUUGGAGAAGGGUUUUCGCACUGCCUUGGGUGAUUUUGUCAUCAUGCAGCUGCAGCUGGCCUCUGUGUUCUUUACCUUCCAGCUUGGAACAAAAGCACAUUACUAUGGAAGAACACUCUUGCAUGGAGGCUCAAAGUAUAGGCCAACAGGUCGUGGUUUUGUUGUAUUUCAUGCGAAGUUUGCUGACAACUACAGGAUGUACUCCCGAAGUCACUUUGUGAAGGGCUUGGAAAUUCUUAUACUCUUGAUUGUUUAUGAAGUUUAUGGGCAGUCAUAUCGCAGUUCACAUCUUUAUUUGUUCAUUACAAUCUCAAUGUGGUUCUUGGCUGUUUCCUGGCUGUUUGCUCCCUUCUUGUUCAAUCCCUCAGGGUUUGAUUGGCAAAAAACAGUAGAUGAUUGGACAGAUUGGAAAAGGUGGAUGGGAAAUCGUGGUGGUAUUGGCAUCCCACCUGACAAAAGUUGGGAAUCUUGGUGGGAGGAAGAGAAUGAACACCUGAAAUACUCAAAUUGGAGGGGGAAAGCAAUGGAGAUAAUACUUGCAUUUCGCUUCUUUUUGUACCAGUAUGGAAUUGUCUAUCACUUGGAUAUAGCUCAUCACAGCAAGAGUUUGCUGGUGUUUGGACUUUCUUGGGCAGUUUUGGUAACUGUUCUUAUCGUGCUAAAGAUGGUAUCAAUGGGUAGACGAAGAUUUGGCACCGACUUUCAGCUUAUGUUUCGUAUUCUGAAGGCACUCCUCUUUCUUGGCUUCUUGUCAGUCAUGACUGUGUUAUUUGUGGUAUGUGGGCUCACCAUAGCAGAUUUGUUUGCUGCAAUUCUUGCCUUCAUGCCUUCUGGAUGGGCCAUUAUUCUGAUUGCUCAAGCGUGCAAAGGAUUCUUGAAAGGAGCAAAACUGUGGUUUUCGGUGAAAGAGCUAUCCAGAGCAUAUGAAUAUGUGAUGGGAUUAUUACUUUUCAUGCCAACAGCCAUUCUUUCAUGGUUCCCAUUUGUUUCAGAGUUCCAAACACGUUUACUUUUCAACCAGGCAUUCAGCAGAGGCUUGCAGAUUUCAAUGAUUCUUGCAGGGAAGAAAGAGACUGAUAAGUCAGAUUGACAUUGUUAACUUUGCUUGAUUAAUUAAUUAGUCCUUGAUUAUUCAAUAAUUUUAUACAUUGAUGAUCAAUUUUUUGUGAUUUAUACAAAUCAUUGUAAUUAAGGAACAUCUGAUGGAUUUUAUUUUUUUAGAAGAAGUAGCUGCCAAAAUCAGGGACGCUAGAGUUUUCUGUUUUCCUUUUACAGAAUGUUUGGACAGGACAGAAAUGAAAAUGAAUAUUUAACAGUCAA